AUGGCGGAGGACAUAGACUUCAAGUUUCCCAUGAAGAAGGCAUGCCACUCGGAGCUCGACAAGUUCUGCAAGGACGUGCCGCACGGCCACGCAUCACGCAUCAAGUGUCUGCAGGACCACAUUGACGAUGCCGACUUUGGGGAGGCGUGCCGCAAGGAGGUGCAAUCCGACCUCGUGCGAUCAGCACAAGACUACCGGCUGAAUUACCGGCUGCACAAGGCGUGUCUGCCGGACAUCCAGCAGCAGUGCCUGCAUGCGUGCGACGCCGCCUCGGCCAACGGCACAGCCACGUGCGGCGGCAUGGUGCUGCGCUGCCUGCAGGACAACAAGGCCAAGCUGCAGUCCCCCUCCUGCACCCAGGAGGUCGACUCCUUCAGCGUGAUCCAGUCCAAGGACCCGCUGUCCCUGGAUGUGCCGCUGCAGAAGGCGUGCCAGGGGGAUUUGGUCAAGCUGUGUCCCGAUGUGAGCCGGGACCAUGCUCGCACGCUCUCCUGCCUGCGGACUAAAAGGGAGAAGCUGUCAACCUCGUGCCGGGAGGAGGAGAUGCGAUUCAGCAUCAUGGAGGCAUCGGACAUUCGCCUCACACCAUCCCUCAUGAACGCAUGCGGCCAAGGUGAGCCACUGGCACAGAUAGGGCCAAGAGCUCCAGAGCCUGUUGAGCUGCAUGUCCCCUCACAGAACCUGUCCCCCUCCCCCCCCUCUGUUACGACUGUGAAAAAACUGUCCCCUCGCUCUUACUUACCUUUUGCUUCCCCUCUCCCCCCACACACGUACCUGGUCCUCCCACCCACAGAGCUGCAGAGCCUGUGCCGCGAUGCGCCCCCCACAGAGGGGCAGGCGUUCAAGUGUCUGCAGGAGCACCUGCAGGACGUGGGCAUGGGCGCCGCGUGCAAGGGCGAGGUCAACCUGCAGGAGGCACGGCACGCCUCCAACUACCGCCUCGACGUGCGCGUGCGCAAGGAGUGCGAGGACGAUGUCACCAAGUUCUGCAAUGGCGUGGACGCGGGGCAGGAGGGGCAUGCGCUUGUGCUCAAGUGCAUGGUCGGCAGCUUCAAGAGCCUCUCCGCGUCCUGCCAGUCCGAGGUGUCCUAUGCGGUGCGCAUGGCCCUCUUCCAGUACCACAAGGGAGCAGCACUCACCCAGCCGUGCGACACAGCAGUUGAAGAGCUCUGCAACACCGGCAGUGCUGCCGCUGCCACCACGCCCGUCAAAGAGAUCAACGGCGCUGUCAUCGGUGUGUACGGGCAGUGCCUCGUGUCGCAGAAGCGGCAGCGCCUGCCGGAGGAGUGCCGCACGCUAGUGAAGCUGGUGGCCAAGGAGGGCGCAUAUGUGGGCGGCACCGUGGACCAAAACAAGCUGGAGGAGACCCUCAUGAAGCUCAAGGCGCUACAGGAGGCUGCAACAGCAGCGACAACAGCAGACGGAGGGAGGGUGGUCCCUCACGACACAGGCCUUGUGAUUUCCGGGUGGCUGGCUGCUGCUGCUCUCGCAGCUGUGGUCAUUGUCGCCAUUGCCAUUGGCUGUGCCGUCUACUACAGGUUCUUCAGCCCGACCCGCAACUACACUCUGGUUGUCAAGUCCGCUCCGGGUGCUGUUGGGGUGUAG